ACCAGCCGCAGCUGACAUCCCGGCUCUCCGGCAGGAAAACACUGUCACUAGGAAGAAGAAGCAGAAGCAGGAGAGCGGCUGUCUCGUCUCCUCCUUUUGAGAAUGUCACAGAACAUAUCGACACAAUUCAACUUGUGACAUCUAAAGCGACUCGGUAGGAAAUCGGGCUGGUGGGAUGAACCUGAGCUAGAAAUAUUUCUUCCGGAUCGACCCGUGCCGACUCCUGCAGACACAAUGGCGGACACCGGGAGCAGAACAAAGCGGAGCAGGCAAGCCGCGUCUCUCCUUCUGCUCCUGUGCGUGGGGGCGAUCGGCUCGGAGACGGUGCGGUACUCGGUGCCGGAGGAAAUGGAGAGCGGGUCCUUCGUGGCUAAUGUGGCAAAGGAUGUGGGGCUGGAGCCCAGGAGCCUGUCUGCUCGCAGGGCCCGCCUGGUGUCGGACGCCGCGAGCCGGCAUUUCCAGCUGAAUGGCAAGACUGGGGAUUUGCUUAUUAAAGAGACACUGGACCGAGAGGAACUGUGCGGGCAAACGGAGCCCUGCCUUGUUCGCUUUGAGCUAGUGCUGGAGAAUCCCUUGCAGUCGUACCGGGCCGAGGUGCGGGUUACCGACAUAAACGAUCAUUCCCCAGUUUUUACAAGAGAGGAACAUGUCUUCAAAAUUCCCGAAACGACCUCUGCUGGAUCACGGUUUCCCCUGGAGAGCGCUCGGGAUUUGGAUGUAGGAAACAACAGCCUUCACAGCUACAGCCUUAGCUCCAAUGGGCAUUUCCAUGUACAUAUGGAGGAACAGAGCGACGGCACGAGACAUGCGGAGCUAGUGCUGGACCAAGCCCUGGACCGAGAGCAACAGCCAGAGCUUAGUUUGCUACUCACUGCCCUGGACGGCGGCUCCCCACCGAGGUCCGGCACUGCGAAAAUCCGCAUCAUCGUCCUCGAUGCCAACGACAACCCUCCUGUUUUCUCCCGGGCCACUUACAAAGCCCAGGUUCCGGAAAACAGCCCCAGAAAUUCCCUUGUUGCUACUGUUUCUGCCACCGAUUUGGACGAGGGAAGCAACGGAGAAAUCUCCUACUCCUUCAGCCAGAAAUCCAUAGAAAGUAGCAUUGCCUUUCGUAUCAACGCCGGAUCAGGGGAAAUUCGGCUUCUGGAAAAUCUGGAUUUCGAAACGAGGGAGACCUACGAGCUGUACAUCCAGGCCACGGACGGCGGGGGGCUGUCGGCGCACUGCAAAGUCCUGGUGGAGGUGGUGGAUGUGAACGACAACGCGCCAGAGGUGACCCUGACAUCCCUCAUCAGCCCCAUCCCCGAGGACGCGCCCCCCGAGACGGUGGUGGCCCUGCUCAGCGUCAGGGACCGCGACUCCGGGGACAACGGGAGGGCAGCCUGCUCCAUAGAGGACGCGCUGCCCUUCUCCCUGAAGGCGACGUUCCGGGACUCGUACGCGCUGGUCACGGAGCGGGCGCUGGACCGCGAGAGCGUGUCGGAGUACAACAUCACGAUCGUGGCGCGGGACCAGGGCGCCCCCAGCCUGUCCGCCGAGCAGAGGAUCAGGGUGAGAGUGUCCGACAUCAACGACAACGCGCCCGUGUUCAGCCAGGCGGCCUACACCAUGCACGUGCGGGAGAACACGGCGCCCGGCACGGCCAUCGGCACAGUGCGCGCCGCCGACGCGGACGCGGAGCACAACGCCCGAGUGACCUACUCGCUCGUGCCCGCCGGCGCCGGCGCCGGGGCCCUGCCCGUGCUCGCCUACGUGGCGGUGAACUCGGCCGACGGCAGCGUGUACGCGCUGCGCUCCCUGGACUACGAGCAGACGAGGCAGCUGGAGGUGGGCGUGAGAGCGACGGACGCCGGGUCCCCGGCGCUCAGCUCCGAGGCCGUGGUGCGCGUCGUGUGCUGGACGAGAACGACAACGCGCCCUUCGUGCUGCACCCGCUGCAGAACAGCACGGCGGCGUGGAGCGAGCUGGUGCCGCGCUCGGCCGAGCCGGGCUACCUGGUGACCAAGGUGGUGGCGGUGGACGCGGACGCGGGGCAGAACGCCUGGCUGUCCUACCAGCUGCUCCGCGCCACGGAGCCGGGGCUCUUCGC